AAGGUCAUUUGACCUACCUUUAAAAUGAAUAUUUACCAAAGUAAUAUUUAUUUUAAUUAUAUUUUUAAUUGGUUUUAAAUAAUGUACUUUGAAUUGAUGUAAACAACAAUAUAUAAAUUAUUAAUCUUUUAUUUACAUCAAUAUAUUUAAUCACACUAGUUUCCAUUAUAUAAUCUUGGAGGAACGAUACAGGGGUCGUUCUAAGCACGCGAAGCUAAUGCGCGUAUACAAAUUUCUAGUUAGGUUCUCAUAUUUGUUAUUUUUCAAUUAUUAUGAGUAUUUUAUUGAAAUAUGUAAAAUAUUGGCAAUUUCCUAAAAAUAAAAUACUUAAUCAAGGGAAGAAAGCAACAAAUUUUUUAGUUCCAUUUGAAAAUAAUGUAUUGUUUAUAAAGAAGAGAAAUAUGUCAGCAAAAUACACGAAUCCACAAGACAAUUUCAACAGUUUGAGAAGGAUCAUGUAUCAGCAGAGGUGGUUUGAAAGAGAUAAAAUUGAAACUACAUUAUACUUAAUUGUGACUAAAGAUGAUUUAAACUCUAAUGAUGCUUUCUUAUUACUUCAGUGUUGUAAUAAAAUACUAGAUUGUUUACCAGCAGAGAGACUUGAAUUUGGGCAAUACGUAUGGGAUUAUUUAUCAACAUGCAAUGUUUCAUGGACGGUACAUCAUUAUAAUGAACUCUUACAACUUUAUCUGAACAAUGAUAAGGAUUUUUCACCUGAGGAUUUCAUAGCAAAGAUGCUUAAUGAAAAUAUUAGGCCAAAUAAUUAUACGUAUGAAAGUUGUAUUCAGUAUUAUUGCGAAAAAGGGAACGUUGCUGAUGCGAAACAACUUAUAAGUAGGCAACGUUUAUAUAUAAAUACAGAGAUAUUUAAACUUUUAAUGUGGGGACAUUAUCAAAACGGUGAUCUACAAACUGCAUUAAAUAUGUUUAAAAGAAAGAAAGGAAUACGUGAAAAUAAUGAAAUAUAUACUGUUCUUAUGUCUAUUUAUGCUGCACAAAAUGAUAUUGAUAGAAUUAUUGAAACAAUUCAAAUUUGUAAUUCAAAAUGUGUAAAUCUUUCCAAUGAAAAUAUUUUGAAUGUGAUUUAUGUGUUAGCAAUAAACAAUUAUAUAAAAGAUAUUGAUAAGAUCAUAUUUUAUCUAAACAAAUAUAAAGAACAAUUGUCUUUUAAUGGAAUUCAAAUUUUAAUAAAAUUAAUAUAUCUGAAUCAUAUAAGCAUAAUUACACCUAUACUUUCAUGUAUUAAAGAUACAUUGAUUUCAGAGAUACUUAUAAAACAUAUGAUUCUUAGUAAUAUGAAUAUAUGUAACAUUGAACGUAUGUGUAAUUUCCUAGAAACUGAGAAACUGUGUUCAAAGCCUCUGUUACGGGCAUUGUUUCAUUCAUAUUCUAAAAAUGAUGAGAAUUUGUGCUUUUCUUUACUUGAAAUGUGUAAACAACAUUAUAGUGUAAAACCACAUUAUUUUUGGCCACUUUUAAUUAAAAAAGCAGAGUUGUAUGACUUUCAAGGCAUAUUAAAUAUUAUUAAGGUUAUGAUAAACCAUUUUGAAGUAUCACCUUGUUUUGAUACAAUUUAUGAGUAUGUUUUACCAUUUACAUUUGAAUGUCUACUUACUACAAAAAACAGGUUAAUAACUUUAGGAGUAGAUGAAACAAUACUUAAUAAUGCUCUGUUAUUAAACUUCUUGGAGGACGGCAAAUUAAGAAUGGCUUUGGUUCACAUGUAUAGAUAUCCUGAUAAAUAUAUGUACACAAUAAUACAACGUAAACUUAGGAAAUGUUUAAUAGUUACAAAUCAAAUAGAAGACUUUAUUUACAUUAGUACUAACUUAAUGGAUACAGAUCCAUAUACACAAAAAUUUAUAUCUGUACCUAUGGAUAAACAAUUACUGGACUUCCUGUAUGAAUAUCCACUUAGUGCAUUAUUCGUAAAGAAGAUAAUAGAGAAGUUAAGAAAUCGAAGAGACUAUAAAAUAACUAAAUUAGAAAAUUACGAUUUUAUAAAUUCUUGUAUGGAUAAAAAUAUUCUUAUAAAAUAUAAAAUACAUUAUUUGUAACGAUUACUUUUAUUGUAAAUAAUUUUUAUUUCAAAUACAAAUUACAAGAAGGCUGUAGGUCGGUCAAUCUGAAUUGCAACAAGGAAUAUAUAAAAAAAAUAAUACAUUGAAAUUAAUAUAGUGCUAUAUUUACUAUAAAUUUUAUAAAAAUAUAAAUCUAAUCAUAUGUAAUAAUUACUCGGAAAAUGUUCAAGAAAUCGCUCGGAGAGUUUUGUUUAUGAACAAGACUGAUUUAGUUAUUUCUGUUUUACACGUUUUGUAAAUGUACGUGAAAUAAGAAAUACAUUAAAAUUCAUAAGACUGUAUUUGUUACCUUAAACGAGUAUGAUAAAUUUGAAGUUAAUGGUGUUCAAUAAAAUUA